AUGAGGGGUAUCUAUGCGCGUCAUACUCUACUACAAGAAUAUUCAAAUGCUUCUCAUGCUGGUCUUCCACCUAUUGAUCGAGGCGUUACAAGGAAUGAGACUACAGGACUUCCUACUCAUUAUACAACAAAAGGGGGACGUCUUGGAUCACAAACUUCAAGUUCUACACCUACAAGAGCUUCAAAGAUGGCUCAGGACACUGCAGUGGCGGACAAGGGACCUAAAGUGACUCCUGGAUAUGUGGGAGGAACAAGUGGGGAACUUCUUUAUAACUUCUGUGAGGACGAGGGAUACAUUGCUUUUCCUUCUUUCAAAAAGAACAUGACCGGAGAUGAUGUGUCUUGCAAAGUGGAAGCUGCUUUUAGUGGUGUGCAUGUCUUCCCCACGAAUGGCUUUAUGUGGGUUCUCCAUGGAAAGUUGAAUGAUACACUGCGUCCCCGAAGCCUAGGGAACAGUAUGACUGCAGGACACCUCCUCGAAUUCUUCAAAAAACCAAAAUCGAGCCAUUGUCACGAUGAUUGGGAAGAUCUUGCCAAGGCCAAUGGUGUGGAUGUCCCUAAAUCGAAUGAUCCCCCACGACCUGUCAUUCAAGCCAAGAAUUAG